GUCAUUGUUGGUAAUGAGCAGCACUUUGUGCGUCACGGAGCGCCCCGGACUCUCCACCCUGCAUGUCAAUUGUAGGCAGAGCAGCAUGUGAUCCUGCGUCCUCCAGUGUCCUGUGAGCGCUCAGUCAGUACCACGCCGACACACAGUGCUGCCCGGCGGAUGUAUUCAUGCCUCUCUACAGAUUUUCUGCGUUCAUUAUAAACCCUGGCUAUUGUUGAUCGUUGCUAAAGACUCACGGACUGAGGCCCAGACCUGAAAUCACUCUUCAGCAUCUCCCUUACGGUUACAUCCAUCCAUCUCUUUUCCACUCUCUGCCUGUAUCACUUCUUCCUGCUCCUACCAGUCUCUGUCUCGCUCUCUCUUUCUCUCUCCACCCCCACCCCCUUCCCGACCCUGAUGCCUAAGAACAGCAAGGUGACGCAGCGCGAGCAGAGCCAUGAGCACGUCACAGAGUCGGUGGCUGACCUGCUCGCACACGAGGAGCCGCUCGACUACAAGAGCAGCUCCCUGAACGUCGGAGGGGCCGCCGGGAAGAAAGUCCCGCAGAUAGAGGUACCCGAAAACGAUGGACGCCCUGCCUGGAACAGCAAACUGCAGUACAUCCUGGCCCAGGUGGGCUUCUCUGUGGGUCUGGGGAACGUGUGGCGCUUCCCUUACCUGUGCCAGAAGAAUGGAGGAGGUGCCUAUCUGGUUCCCUACUUCAUCCUCCUCCUCAUCAUCGGCAUCCCGCUCUUCUUCUUGGAGCUGGCUGUUGGUCAGAAGAUCCGACGUGGGAGCAUCGGGGUCUGGAACUACGUCUGUCCCAGUCUGGGCGGGAUAGGGGUGUCCAGUCUGAUGGUAUGUGGCUUCGUGGGGCUCUACUAUAAUGUGAUCAUCGGCUGGAGCAUCUUCUAUUUCUUCCAGUCCUUCCAGUAUCCUCUUCCAUGGAGCGACUGUCCAAUCAGAAAGAAUGGGACACUUGCCAUUGUGGAGCCGGAGUGCGAUAAAAGCUCGGCUACGACCUAUUUCUGGUACCGCCAGACUUUGAACACCACCAGCAGCAUCGCAGAGAGCGGCGGCCUCAACGUGAAAAUGACCCUGUCUCUGCUGGUGGCCUGGAUCAUCGUCUGCCUCGCCGUCAUUAGAGGAAUCGCAUCCUCUGGGAAGGUGAUGUACUUCAGCUCUCUUUUCCCCUAUGUGGUGCUGUUCUGUUUCCUGGUCAGGGGUUUAAUGCUGAAGGGAUCAGUGGAUGGUAUCGCUCACAUGUUCACUCCCAAGUUGGAGAAGAUGCUGGAGCCCCAGGUGUGGAGGGAGGCAGCCACCCAGGUCUUCUUCGCCCUGGGUCUGGGGUUUGGAGGAGUCAUAGCCUUCUCCAGUUACAACAAGAUCGAUAACAACUGUCAUUUUGAUGCCGUGCUUGUCUCUUUCAUCAACUUCCUCACUUCCAUUCUGGCCACACUGGUGGUGUUCGCUGUGCUGGGCUUCAAGGCCAACCUCAUGAAUGAAAAGUGUGUCGUAGAGAAUGCAGAGAAGAUCCUGGGGUACCUCAACUCUAACGUCCUGAGUCACGAUCUGAUCCCCCCACAUAUAAACUUCACCCAUCUCACCACAUCAGACUACGCUGAGAUGUACGGGGUCAUCAAGACGGUGAAAGAGGGCAGCUUUGCCCAGCUGGGUCUGGAUCCUUGUGUCCUGGAGGACGAGCUCAACAAGGCUGUCCAGGGCACCGGCUUGGCCUUCAUCGCCUUCACAGAAGCCAUGACUCAUUUCCCGGGGUCUCCGUUCUGGUCGGUCAUGUUCUUCUUCAUGCUCAUCAACCUUGGUCUGGGCAGCAUGAUCGGCACCAUGACCGGCAUCACCACACCUGUCCUCGACACCUACAAGGUCCAGAAGGAGCUUUUCACAGUGUGUUGCUGCAUUGUGGCCUUCUUCUGUGGCCUGUUGUUCGUUCAACGCUCAGGGAAUUACUUUGUCACCAUGUUUGAUGAUUACUCUGCCGGACUGCCUCUCACUGUAGUGGUCAUCCUGGAAAAUGUGUCUGUCGCUUGGAUUUACGGCACAAAAAGGUUCAUGCAGGAUCUGGAGGACAUGUUGGGUUUCCGACCAAAUAUGAUCUAUUUCUACCUGUGGAAGUAUGUCUCCCCUCUGUGUCUCAUUGUGCUCAUCUCAGCCACUGUCAUAGAGAUGGCCGUCAUCCCACCAGGAUACAAUGCAUGGGUCGAAGACCUGGCUCAGGAACGCUUCCAGAGCUACCCUCCCUGGGCACUGGCCAUGUGCUUCUCUCUCAUCGUAGUGGCCAUGCUUCCUCUCCCCGUGGUCUUCAUCGCCCGUCGCUUCAACCUAAUGUCAGACGGCUCCAACAAGCUGUCUGUCUCCUACCGCAAAACCAUGAUGAAGGACAUGUCCAACCUGGAGGAGCAGGACGAGGCCAGAUCCAUACUCGGCGCCAAGCCCGGCGAGGUGCCAUCAUCAGUGCCGGCACGCAAAGCCUACCUGACUCCAGGAGGGAACAAACCCCUGGACCCCAACUCCCUGUCUCCAAACAUCUGCUACGGUACAAGCUACCAGAAUGCUGCCAUCAGCCCCACCACACCGACUACACCGACUACACCGACCACGCCUGCCACACCAGAGUCUGACUCUUGACUUCUGUCCAAACACUCCUCUGACACCCAGUCCCAUAGCACAUUUUACCAUUCAGCCAUAAAGUCUCCACUGGGGAUCACUGCAGCGCAGAGAGUCCCCGCCACUGCCCUACUAACACCACAAAACUGUAUGUAGCCGCCCAGUUUAUCUGAACAUGUGCUUCCCAAAAUAAGACCAAGGAACCACCUGCAGCAGGAGAAAAAAAAAGUUCACUCUUUAACAGUAGAUCAAACACUGAAAUCAGGGUGAGAUUGAUAGUGACACGCUGUACAUUUAUAUUGAUUCUGUAUUUAACAUCACAGGGUUUAAGAUGAAGUUCUGUGAUCUGCUUUUCUUUGCCUUAGUACAAGGAUCCUCAGCAGACACAGCCCCCCACAGUUUAACGCACAUCCCUGUCUGCACAGUGCUGGGGACCUGAAAGAAUGAAUGUAGUGGAGCCGGUCUGGUCCUGCUGGUUGAACAGGUUUUCACUCAAUACACUGGCACAGAGAGCCAAGAUGAAUGUGAGUUAUUUGAAUGAAUUAUUUUAAGGUUGAAAGCCUGUCAGUGUUUGCGUUGCUGUCCUCCAUAGUGGUACUGCGUGUCACAGCCAUACAGUCUAACACAAAACGAUCUUUUCUAUUAGAUCUGGUUUCAAUGAGUACAUACAGUAUGUCUACAUGAGCACUGACAUGCACCUCUGUUCUGAUGCUCUAAACUAAAAAACACUAACAUUAUGUAGAUUUGUUUUAACAGGGUUUUCUCUGCAUAUUGUAAACUCUGCUUAAGGCUGCUCUAAAGACAUUCAUUUAUGUUCCAUUCGCUUCCAUUCCCGUUCUCUGCUGUAUUUUGUGUGUAGCCAGUAUUGUUCUUGUUAAUUCUGUAAACAGCGGUGUACAGUAUAGUAAUAUGAUGUAGGAUAAUAUGAUUUUUGUUCUAAAGCCACAGUCUCAUCGUCCAUUACACGCACGUUAUAACUUGUGGAAAUCCCUCAUUUCAGUUUCUCCACCAAAGGGUAAAAAGUAGAAAUAACAAAACUUAUGCUGAAUUGUGUUGAAAAUGAAGUACAAAGCGCUUGUUUUAAUUCUUCAGCGACAAAAAGCACAGCUUGUUCAUGUGAAUUUGAAACAAAUGUCCAUUCCACUUUUGACUUACAAUGACAAUGCUAGAAAAGCACAAAAGAGAUUUUACACAAUUAUUGCACACAAGUGAAUUACUAACCCUAACCGUUGACCUAUUGUUCUGAACAUUUAUGCACAUGUGGAAUUAAAAUAACUGCUGCCGUCAAAUAUGUCCCACACAAUGAGUAAGCAAUAUAUAUUUAUGUUGGAGCACAAACUAUGUUCACUAUGGACCAAAAACAUAAUGAACAUGAAAUAGAAAAAUCAGCUAUGGACCAAAAGAUUUAGGAACAUAAGGAACAAAAAUCAAAAUGAUGGAAUAUUAAACUCAUCAGCUAACUUAGUAUGAACUUCUGUAAGCCUUGGAGUCCUUCUCAUGUGCACAUACAUGCACAAACAAAAACAUACAUGCACACACGUGUCACACCGCGGUUCCUUUGUGAUGAAGACUCCUUUGACUCCUGGUUGAACUGAUGUUAAACCAGCUGACAGUCUGAACGGGUAAAGUUAAGACGGACAUCUUUCCCUGAAACACACUGAUAGUGAAUAGUUGUGCAAAACUGUCUACAAGUUCAAACGGAACACAUUCAAGUUCCUGUUACAUGGAAGAGGAAACCUUUAUUUAUUUUUUUAUCACAAUAUUCAAAGCCGUGGUGUUAAGGAUUAAAUGGACUAUAUUUAUAUUCCUGUAUAUUUGCAGUGUAUGUAGGUGUGAUGAACUACAAAGAUUUAUCUUUUAAAAGUGGCCAGUAUAUAUAUAUACUGUAUAUUUUCAUCUUGUGUGAUGCUUAUUUAAAUUGUACAUUUAAAGAUUUGUCUAUUUUGUAGUUUGUGUAGCUAAUUCUUGUUGCGGGAUGUGAAACUGCUGCUGGGAUGUGGAGGUAAUGUGUGAUGUGAAGUCUUAUAUGGGCAGCAGCUGGUUCUCUGUUGUGCUCAUGAGAGCUGUGUUUUCUUCUGGCUACACCUGGUGUCAGGAGACGUCCACUCACCUGUCUCCACUUCAGGUUUACUGGUCUACUUGUUUGUAGCCACACUAGCAACACCUCAGAUGGUUUACCAUCAAUACCCUGACUUUCUUCUAGCGCCACCAGCAGAUCAAAGUUUCCUUUUGUCCAACACUUUAGUUCACAACAGGAUACCUGAGAUGAAUGCUGAGACAGCAUGCUAAUAUGCUGAAUGUUAGCAGAUUGUCCUGCAAAUUGAAUAUGAAAACACACUAACAAGCUGAAAAUUACAUGCUAAAUAUUAGCAUGUUAUCAUGCUACCUUUAGGAUGAAAAGAUUUUUAGCAUACUAACAACCUAACAUUUUAAAUGUUAUAUGGAAUAUCAUCAUGCUAACAUAUUCAAUAGUUGCUAGCAUGUUAGCAAGCUUUCAGCUCAAAUUCUGCAAUUCUGCUACCCUUGUAGUCAUUUAAACAGCUAAAUUAGCUACUUUUGCGGUGUUUUGUGAUGUAUUUGGAGUGGUUCAUUAACAAAUGAAAUCUGACACAAACAAACAGUGUAUAGCUCCUUUUAAAUUAGCAGAAUUGUUUCUACUAGUGUUAAUAUUGGAUUAGAUUUAGAUGUAACUGCCAGCGUGGCUUGCAGCCAUUUUGCCAACAGUUUGUUGAUACUUCUGAGAUAUCGUCACCGUCAGAAAUUCCCGAUUUCUCAGUCUUGGAAUUACAACUCAGAGGUAUGAACAGUUUUUCUAACUCAGACGCUUGUAAUUAUUUUCUAAAUGUGAACGCGGCAAAAGCACAGCUGAGCCUAACUACAGCUGAGACUGAUGACGUAGAGCUUAGACUGAAAAUUGAGCCAAAUUGGGAGCGCAUUCAGGCUGAACAUGAAGCAAAUUUUCACCAAUUACAAAUUUGAAUGUUGGAGUGUUUUUACAGUUCAAGUUUAUUCAACAUAACAGCCAUUGUGUUAUGUGUUUUUGUGCCAGCUCAGACUUUGACUGAGUCUAACUAACUUAGCAGCAACUCCAGAUCUUCUUUUAUUACCUGUGUCCCUUUUCCUUCUGUCACUGUACUGGAGGUACUGCACAUUUUUUGCUCAAGUUAAACUCGCCUCCAAAAUUCCCUUUACGUUCAGUCCAAACUCACCUUUAUGUAGAGCUGAGCCUGACUAUCUGAGUCUGUCCUCAAACAGCUACUGUACAGAGGAUAAACCCUUUUCAUUUGUGUAAUAUGAUCCCAUGCUCAGGCAAAACUUUACUUUUCUGCCCCUCUAGUGGUAGAUCUAACAACAGCAAAUUUGUCUCUUUAUUUGUCAUCCAUUCAACAGUGUUGUGUGUAAAGAGUAUUACUGCUAGUGUGGCUAUAAACUAAUUCCUUUUUCAUCUCUUGUCUUGUUUUAGUCUGUGUGACUCAGGCACUUCCUGCUGACAGUGCAUCAUGUAUUUCUCUGUUGUCCAAAUCUGUAAAUAAUCUUGUGCAAUCAAACUAUACUGAAGAUAGAUUUGAUCCAUGUGAAGUAUAUUGAUGUCUUAAAAGGUUUUAGCAGUAAAUGUAACAUGAAGAAAUAACGAAUGUGAUUAAUGCACUUUUUUUCACUGGGACUGCAAAGCAGUUAGCAUUUGUUUUGUUGUCCUCAUAGCAGUAAAUUCAAGGUCUGUGUAAAAGCAAUAUCAAGUUAUUAAACUGAAGAAUAAUUUAGGCUGAAAGACGCUUGACACAUUAGUGUCAGUUAAUAGCAAUGAUUAGAAACUGCCCCUUAUAGGCAAAGGGAUACUACAACUCUUCCUUACAAGUGCUGGAGAGUGAGUGUGUAAGUAUAUAUAAAAAUGUGUGUGUGUGUGUGUGUGUGUGUGUGUGUGUGUGUGUGUGUGUGUGACUGUGUGUGUGGGUGCAGGGCCUUACUGAGCACACGUUUCAAGCACUGUCUGUAUGGGAGACACGUUUAAAAAUGUUCCCUUACAGCUUCUCUCUCUCUCUCUCUCUCUUUCCUCAGUCAUAUUAUGAUUGUAUGAUACUGACAAAUUAUUGUAAAAAUUGUGAACAUCACCAAAAAUAUUAAUAAUAAAGAGUGGACAAGCUGC